CUAAACCUGCAACACCGAUAUCGAAUGUCAUUUCGCUGUCAACAUGAUACGUCAGCUGUUUUGUGUAGUGUUUCCGUAAAUCUGUAAACAAAAACACUAUAUUCUGAUAAAGCGUAACGUAAUACGUGGUUGUGUUCGUGUUCAAUAAAUAAGUAGUUUUUUACCGUCCACGAUGAGAUCUUCACUGUACAGACGAAGAGGCAGUGAUCCGGAGCGAGAACCGUUGUUAGCGGCAAUUCCCGCCUCUGGGUUCAGCAAUGGUUUUCGAGAUGGGCGUCCAGAGGGCAACGGCACGAUGGCUGACAUGGGUGUCUCACAGGCUGAGUUGGUGGAGCCUCGAGGGGACUCCGGCCGCAAGCUACCGCAGUACCUAGCAGCUCUAGCAGCCACGUUGGGCGCGUUAGCGGCCGGUUCUAUGCUGGGAUGGUCGGCCCCUGUGAUGGUAAAAUUGACCAACGCCAGCAGCACAGACUACGACUUUUCAGUAUCACAGACUCAGGGAGACUGGAUCUCGUCCAUCAUCAACCUCGGAGCUGCCUUCAUUUGUUUCCCCAUCGGCUUAGUCAUGGACAGGAUAGGACGUAAAAAUACUAUGUUGCUCCUGGUCGUACCGUUCACGUUAGGCUGGUUGCUGAUCACUUUCGGUACAAGUGUGGGAAUGCUAAUAGCCGGCCGGUUCAUUACCGGUGUCGCUGGAGGUGCCUUCUGCGUCACAGCCCCCGCAUACACCAGUGAAAUAGCCCAGGACUCCAUCAGAGGAACCUUGGGAAGCUACUUCCAACUCAUGAUAACAAUCGGUAUCCUCUUCGCGUAUGUUGUAGGAGGUUACACGUCCGUAUUCGUCUUCAACAUUCUAUGUACAUGCAUUCCUAUUGUCUUUGGUAUCAUAUUCUUCUUUAUGCCCGAAAGUCCCAGCUUCUUGGUCAUGAAGGGCAAGCACGAAGAAGCCAAAGACGCUUUGAUCAGGCUCCGCGGCAGCGCUUACGAUGUAGAUUACGAACUGAACAACUUAAAGUUCAAAGCUGAAGAGUCUCAAAGAAACCAGGUGUCUUACCUUGCUGCUAUUAGAAAGAAAACGGCUUUGAAAGCCAUCCUGAUCUGCUACGCCCUGAUGUUGUUCCAACAACUUUCUGGUAUCAAUGCUGUGAUCUUCAACGCUUCCCAGAUCUUCGCCGAUGCUGGCGCUACAAUCCCUUCGACAAUCUCCACUAUCAUUAUCGGAGUUAUUCAGGUCAUUGCCACAUUUAUCUCCAGUUUGGUUGUGGACAAACUUGGCAGGCGUAUUCUCUUGCUGCUCUCUGCUUUGGUCAUGUGUGUCUGCUCCACCGCUCUGGGCGUGUACUUCUUCCUCCAACAAACUCACGGAAAUAGUGCAGAUAUCGUGCAGGCUAUCACUUGGCUGCCUCUUGUUUCCCUUUCUCUGUUCAUCAUCGCGUUCUCCCUCGGAUUCGGUCCCAUCCCGUGGAUGAUGGCCGGCGAGCUCUGCCAGAUCGACAUCAAGGCGUUCGUCGGUUCGACCGCUGGUACUUUCAACUGGCUCCUCAGCUUCACCGUGACCAGUACGUUUAACUCGUUGAAUGCUGCUAUCGGCGCUGGUCAAGUGUUCUGGCUGUUCGCUAGUAUCAUGCUCGUAGGGUUCGUAUUCAUCUUCUUCGUCGUCCCCGAAACGAAAGGCAAGAGCGUCGACGAGAUCCAGGUCAUGCUUGGCGGCAGGCCCCAACAGAGACCCGAGGAAAAGAAAUAAACCACAAAUACAGACUGACCGACAUCACAUAGUAUUUUUGUACUGAGACUUACACUUAGAGAUUUCUUUGGCGUCACAGUGCUUCGGUAUAAGCAAUAUAAUUUAUAGAACCAAAGAAUAUGAUGUAUCUUCUAGAUGUACCGUUAUAGGUUUUACGCUGCGCUGUAAACUAUUUAUUUAAAUUUGUUAGAAUUUAUGAUAAUAUCAAGUCACUGAGGCAGCUUGUACGAAUUUUUGUAGGUGCAUAUUAUUAUGAGUUCAGUUGUAAGUAGAACGAAUUUCCCAGAUGGAAUUUUAUCGCGAUUAACAUGGUAACAAUAAUAGUUUUAAUGUUUAGGCUGAAUAGUUAAGUGGUUUUAAAAUGUGUAUAAUAUAUAUAUAUUCAGGGUUUCGUACCCUAAAGGUCCACUGUGUAUCUUCGUCCCUAACCAACCUAAUUAUACAAAAAUCCUAUACAUAUUAUCUCAUAAAAUUUUGUAACUAUACGUCUACAAUAUAGAACAUGAAAUAUCAAUGUAAUGUGUGUGUUCUUAUAGAUCUUAGGCAUUGGUAAAUUGAAAACCGGUUGGAAAAUGGCAAAAUGAUUAGACACCUCAUAUUACUAUACCACUUUCCAUUUCGUCAGGUUGAGAAUGUAAAUAAACAGAUUUAUCUCUACAAUGUACAGGAUAAUUUUGCUUCUACACAAACAAUUGAUUUAUAACUAGGACUUGAUAAUCACUAUAUUUCGAGAGAUAUUUAAUAUAUACUUUAAGAAAUAUUCAGAUGAUCGUAGUUUUUGAGGAUAGAUUUGUUUGUGUUUGCGAAAUUAUCUUGUGCAUUAUAGAAAAAAAUGCUCUAUUGGACUAAUUGUUAAUUGAUCGAUUGUAGGUUAAUUAAUAUUAAAUUGAAUUUGCUACGGAACCUUUGGAUCGGACCCGCCUAUAUGGCUUGCCGCCAUAACAAAAGUCUCUCAUAUCUAAAUGCCAUAAUGUUGAUAUUAUUGUAUAUAAAGUUUUAUAUGAAAUGCAUAUAUUUGCUAAUUUAAUUAAUAUACAUGUAACUUAUAAAACAAAUGUCUACGUAGUGCAGAUAUUGCGAGAUUUUAUGAACUAGUGAAAAUAUUUAUACUUUUAUUUAUUUUUAUGAAAACUGUUUUACCUGUCAGUUUUUGCUCAAAUGUUAUCAGAAAAAGUAAAUACUAAUUUAAAUAAUGUUUGAAAAUGUUUAUCAGAUUUAAUUUAAUUAUACUUGUAAGUGAAAUGUUGAAUGCAUUUAUUUAUUGGCUUAAUUAUUUUCUUGUUAUAACUUAAACUAUAGUACCUAUAUAUUAUUUAAAAUAAAAUGCACUUGCCUAAAGCCAAUGCGAUUGCCAUAUUUCAGGCCAGUUAUUUGGAAACUAGUGUAAAUUAUAAUAUUUUUAAAUGAUGCAAAUUAUUUUAGAAUGUUCCUAAUCUACUUAAUUUUUCAAAAGGUCUACAGAUAUCGGGAGUUGCGUUUAAGACCCAUGUCUCGCAUAUUGUAAGAAUAAUGUGGUUGUAUAUAUUGUUAUUAGAAUAAGUUUUAUAGCGAUAAUAAAUGUGGAAAAUAUUUA